GUGGAAUAGCCUUUCAUCUGGAGAUAAAUGGUGUAUGAGGGUAUAAUCCCCAUUUCAAGGAUCUAUUUUUGGCUGUCGUGUACAGGGUUUCGCGAAAUAACGCUUGCAAACCUUAUCCUUGGUCGAUGUAUUCCUACUUCUGAAUGGAGCCCGAGCCACCAUCCAAGCGCCGAAAGGGGAUGGAUGAAGGAGGUGCCAUCUCCUGGGAGGUUCAUCCUGUCCUUUCAGAUGAACAGUCCCAGGACGUCCCGCUGCUGGAUGCCUAUGCAGCGCCCAUUACCAACAAAAAGGAAACCUCACGCCUCAUGAAAGGGCUCCCCACAAUCUAUCCUCUGCCUGGUCUCCAGCACAUCAAGCGGGUGAGGGCCUGCAAGGGAGCCAAACACCCCCAUCCCCUUGAGGUGAUCAUAUGCCAGGUCGAGGGUGCCCCAGAAAUCAGUGACUCCAGAGACAUUUCUCUUGACACAUUGUUGCCCCCUGAGUCUUUUGACAGUACUGGAUUAGGAGAAGUGUUUAUUGCGAAAAUACCGGCCCGAGCCCCAUCAACACGCCCCCAGUUUGAGCAAGCCAGUGCACACUGGCCUACGUCAUUCCAUGAGGACAAACAAGUCACAGCCGCCCUCAGGGGACAGCUAUUCUCUGCCACUCAGAAGGCCAGGAUGCACGAGCACAUGGUGGCUGCCAUACAAGCUGCCAAAGCCGGCCAGGAGCAAGGCAUGGCCCCGGUGGGAGCGGUGGCCGUGGAUCCAGCAUCAGACCAGGUACUCGCCAUAGCCCAUGACUGCAGCCAGGGCACUGGUGGUCACCCCCUGCACCAUGCGGCGAUGGUCUGCAUCGACCUGGUGGCCCGGGGACAAGGUGGUGGGGCAUAUGACUUUAGCAAGUAUCCUGCCUGCUGGUGGAAGGCCUCCGAGCCCCAGCCUGCUGAAGGCUCUCCCUCCUCAGACAGAGCUGCUGCUGGAUCGUCUGAGGACCAGAAGGGACUGCCAUAUCUCUGCACUGGAUACGACAUCUACUUGACCAGGGAGCCUUGUGUCAUGUGCUCAAUGUCCCUACUGCACUCCAGGGUCGGGCGUGUGUUUUACGGGGUGACCGCUCGAGAUGGUGCUCUGGGUUCCAGGUACAAGCUCCACGUGAUGAAGGAGCUGAAUCACCACUUUGAGGUGUUCCGCGGAGUGGCGCAGCAACUUUGCGAAGAACUUGGACAAGAGUCUGCCACACCACAAUCUUCACAUUGAAGAAUUUUCCAGACAUUCCUUACAAUGUACUGAAGAGUGCCCAAUGACCGUAUAGAUACAGAAUGGAAUGAGAUGAAUGCCCAUGUCGUUAGGUUUGCCAAACCUGACAAUCGUGUGAAAGUAUGUUUGUCCUUGCCAGAGAAAGGACCACACACACACACACACAUUUUAAACAUUGCCUUAAUGAAAUGGGUAACACUUGAAAUAAAUUAUGCAAUUUUGUAUUCA